CAGCACCAGUUCUUGUGUUUGGUCAAAGCAAGUAGUUAUACCGGCCAUGAACAGCAACUGUCAGGAUUAAUAGAUCAACGGAUCGUCUCAGGAUGUGCUCGCAUAUCUUAUCGUUUAAGUGGGUCCACAGCAAACAACCCUGGAGGCAGUCAUGACAUGACAGGAUCUUGUUGCCAUGCAAGCGAGACAGGCGCGUCGCGUCCAUAUGGAGAAAGAAACAUGCCGUGUUGUCGUCACAAUUGCGUGCCUGCUUUCCCCUUUCCUUCUGGCACGGCGCUUUCAUGUCUGCCGCGUGUGCACUUGCGCGUCUCACUUGGUUUGGACGAGGAGACCAAAUGCUCAACGCGUGACGUGAGCCGCAAGCAUGCUUCGCUCCAGGUUUGUGAAGCCAGCGAGCUUUGCGGGUGUCUUUGAUCGAGCUGCUCUUGUGGUUGUAGUAGCUGUUGUUCUUGUUAAUGUGUACCGUCGACUGUACCUAGACACCGCCGAUCCGUACAAAUGCACUGCUCUCCUCCACCAAGGCCAUUGGCUCGACUCUCCCGACCGCAAUCCCGAACACCAAGCUUUUCAUAACUGGCAAGUGCCUGGCUGCAUGCUGCACGACUACAACGGACCUGAUAUUGCGAGCUGUAAUGAGGAUGGCCAGAUACUAUUUGUGGGCGACUCGACAACGCGGGAGGUUUUUUGGUCAGUGGCAAGGAAACUGGAUAGUGCGCGGGUCUUUCGGGAGCGAGCGGAUGAGAAGGAUACGCACACUAAUGUCGACUUUGAGAUCAACGGAGCGAGAUUGAAGUUCCUGUGGGAUCCGUGGCUGAAUAGUACGGCGUUGAGGGGGGAGCUGGUGGCACUCAUACAGCGAAACGCAGCACGUAAACAAGGAAAAGAACUCGAAAUGAAUGGGGAAAAGAGACGAUCGGUACUCAUAUUCAUCGGAGGUGGGCUCAUGCAUGCUCGACAUCUCAAGGGCGAGUACUUGGUCCGAUUCAGGCAGGCCGUCGACUUGAUCAAUGCUGCUGCAAGUUCGACAAAGUCACUGCAUGUCCUGGAGAACGCCAACCCAAGCGGAGACGAUGUUGUUGGCGACCAACUCUUCUUCUCGCCCAUAAUGGAGCCGCUCUACGACCGAUUCAGUCCAUCACGAGAAGCGACCAUCACACCCUCGAAGGUUGAAGCCAUGAACAAAUACCUCGAAAACAGGUCGUUGCGCGGACUCAAGGUACCGUGGGUUUUCCAGAACAUGACGCAGGGUUGGCCGGAACUCAUGGGUGAGAGUGGGAUGCAUCCGAAUGACCGCGUCGCUAGCAAAAUGGCAGACGUCGUGCUCAAUCUCCGAUGCAACGCGAAAUCGGCGCAGAAAGAUGGAUAUCCAUACAACAGAACAUGCUGCAGUCCGUACAGGCGUCCUCAUUUGGUCCAGGUUCUCGUAGCCGUUCUGACCGCUCCUCUGAUACUGAUGAAAUUGAAGAGACGCUUCUCCAUGAACUCGAAGUCUACUUCCUUCGACAAGCUGACGGCAGCUCUCACUAUCGCGCUCGCUAUAUGGUACUGCCACAUAGCAGAUAGAACACAAACUUUCGACAAAUUCCCUAAACAGUUCGCUCACAUCGACUUUUGGGUAUUGUUAGGGUUAGCUGUCCUAUCGUGUCUGGUCAACAUUGAGAGUAUUCCAUCCUCUGCCUUCGUUCGCCGUUUAAUACCUACUCGAGGAACUUCUCAAGAGACCUCGUUCCUUCCAAGAGAGCAGUCCGACGAAUUCAAAGGCUGGAUGCAGAUAUACAUGCUUGCAUACGAAUACACUGGCGCGUCCGAUGUCUUGGACUACUAUAAAAUGUCUCGGGUCUUCGUAGCGUUCUACUUGUUCCUCUCUGGGUAUGGACACGCAAUGCACUUUCUGCAGAAGCAAGACUACUCUUCUCGGCGACUGAUCAGCGUUGUGAUACGGUUGAAUGCGCUCCCAGUCUUACUUGCCUUUGCAAUGAGCAGGCCAUACACCUCGUACUACUUCGCGCCGCUCGUCAGCUUUUGGUUUAUUGUGGUGUAUGCAACACUCGGGGUCGGUCGUCGAUUCAACGAGUCUCUGUGGUGUGUAGUUGGAAAGGUGGGGAUCUCGGCGCUGCUAGUUACCGCUGUCACUCACAAACGGGGUGUGCUCGAGCUGCUUUCUGUGGUUCUGCGGGUGGGGUUUCGAGCAAGUAUCGAUGUGGAAGAAUGGCGCUUUCAUCUUGGAACGGACAAGUACGUCGCGUUUGUCGGAUUGCUUGUCGCCAUCAUCCAUGUCCGCACAUGUUCGAUUAUCAGUACGCCUCAUCAGCAACUGAAUAUCCUCGGUCGUAUCAUCAAAGACUACUCUAAGUUUAUCCACCCCUUUCUUGUCGGAUGGAGUCUAAUCACCAUUCCAAUCUUCUGGAUCCUCACGAGUCGCUCCCUAGAUCAAGCAGAUUACAAUGGGUGGAUGCCGUACAUCGCCUGGCUACCCGUCAUCUCCUUCGUGAUCCUGAGGAACUCAACACACAUCCUGCGAAGACACUAUUUCGCAUCAUCUGCGUGGCUGGGUCGGAUAGCCCUCGAGCUCCAUCUGUUGUCGAAGCACAUAUGGCUCGCUGGCGAUGAUCGAGGGCUUCUCAGGAUCGGGUUUCGCAACGGAAACGGAGGGUUUCUGAGCGAUAGAUGGCGUGACCUUGUGAUACUGACCCCGAUUCUUGUUUGGGUGGCCUGGAAGGUGCAUGGUGCUACGGCGACGCUCACGGCGUGGAGUCUGGGCGUGCCGGACUCGAUCGAGAUGACAGUUCCCAGGAGUAACCAUCGCAGUCGGCAUGAGGACGGGAUUCGGCUUCCUGACUCCGGCCUUGAUUUGCCGAUAUCCAAUGUUCGGGGUCCAGAGGGUUCGGAUGGCGGCGCUUGGAAGCUGGACUUGCCUGUGGGCUCGUUGAAGAGGUUGCUGAUCGUUGUGGCGGUCGUUUGGGGCGUCAAUUUUCUGUACGAAUAAGGGUUUGUCAUAUCUCGCGCAUUCUCGUCCACGCGUUGACGAUGGGUGAGUAUUGUAAUGGAAGAUGGAACAUUCUGGCGGACAUAGCAUUUGAUACCCACAGCAUCUAGAUUCGGAGUAAUGGUCAGUUAUGACAAGCAUGAUUACUGUAUCACAUGUAUGCAACAGUACUGGUACACGACAUGCUAUAUCUGGAGUAAUAGAUCUUAUCAGAUAUCGGUUCCCCACCC